AUGCAUAAUAUUAUGACGGAAGAAGGCUCUAUUGGACCCCAAGUACUAAAUUCAGGACAAUUGAAUGACGAUGAUUGCGAAAUGUUACCUAGUCUUGCGCUAGGUGAAAGCGAUUUAUUCGCAAGCACUCCCAUUAACGGUGGUUUUGGUUUAGAGGAGCAGAUAAAGGACGACCAUGGAACAACUAUUGGGCGCGGAAGAUCAUUUACAUCAGCCAGUGGCAAGGUUGUAGUUUUACAAAAGAAGGAAUUGAAGCUGACGCAGGAAAUACAUUGGACAGCUGACGAGAGUUACGGAGUGAAUAUAAACGAGCUAAGGGAUAGAAUUGAAGCACACAAAUCGAGCAAGAAAGCUGCAGAUGGGUUAGAUGAAAAUAUCAGGGCAAAUAAGCGCCUUUGGGUUGAGAAGUGGAGGCCGCGCAAGUUCCUCGAUCUGGUAGGAAAUGAGAAAAACAAUAGACGUGUGAUGCGAUGGUUAAGACAAUGGUCUCCUGUUGUAUUUGGAGAAAUGCUGCCAUCUGAUCCUAUGCUUGCUCGGUUACAACAGUACCGUUCAGAAGGCGCGCAAAACAUGAUGAUAGAAAAAGAGCUUGAUCCUCUACAUAGACCUAGUAAAAGAAUUCUCCUAAUACAUGGCCCCCCAGGUGUUGGAAAGACAUCGGUAGCACAUGUUGUUGCAACACAAGCUGGUUAUGAUGUAAUGGAAAUUAAUGCUAGUGAUGAAAGAGCCGGCAAUAUCGUGAAAGAAAAAGUCAACAACAGUUUAUUCAAUGAUUCGCUGAGUGGCAAGCCUGUUUGCGUUAUAGCUGAUGAAAUUGAUGGUAGUAUUGAACAUGGGCUGGUGAAGACUCUUAUAGAUGUAGUCCGUAACGAUAGCAAAGCAACUCAAAACCUGCUGCUAAGAAACGAAGGCAGUGUUCGUAAGAAGAAGAAAACCAAAUAUUCCAAUAAGUUACUAACUCGGCCAAUUAUUGCCAUCUGUAAUAACCUGUAUGCUAGUGCCCUAGAGCAACUUCGCCAUCACUGUGAGAUCGUGUCAUUUAUUCCGGCAUCAGAGAACGCGUUACUCGACCGUCUGGAACAUGUAUGCAAGAAGGAAGGUGUCAACGUACAGAAGAAGGUCCUUAAACAGUUAGUUUAUCUUUCACAAGGAGAUGUGAGAAAUAGCUUGAACAAUCUGCAGUUUAUGGCAACCAAUGGCGAACUUAACGCUGAUACUGAUACUCAAAGCAAGGACAUUAGUAUUCCAUGGUUCAAGCUUUGUAAUCGGGUCUUUUAUAAAAACCCUAAAGAAGAUGCGAUAGUACAGUUCAAAGAGCUGCUGCGUGAUUUAGAGUUGAAUGCGAAUUACGAAAGAUUGGUUGACGGUUGCUUUCAACUUUAUCCCACAGUAAAAUACUCAGAUAUUGGUAUUUCUAAGCCUGUGAAGAUAUACGAAUGGUUGUAUUUUAACGAUAUGAUGGCAAAGUCGGUCUACGAACACAAUUCUGAAUUAGUCAGGUACUGCCCAAUGACUAUUAUGCAAUUUCAUCUGCUAUUUAGCGACGUUGCAAACAAGCAGGAACAAUGGGUCAAAAACAUAGACUAUGAGGUAAGAGAGUCGAGAAAAAGUCAUGCAGCGAUGGCAUAUGGAAUACUGAACAAGAUCCCACCAAAAUAUAAGAUCUUUAACACUAUAGAGUCUCUUAUUAUGGAAGUAUUGCCACACCUUGACCAAAUGUUAACUCCAGAUUUUGCUAAGACACGAGACUUCGCUGUAAAAAGGAAGCUCAUGGAUAGUAUAAUUCCUCUUCUAGAACAGUUUGGUCUUACUUUAGAACACUCCAAGGAUCAAAAUUUCAAUAAUAUUCUUUGCAUAUCUCCUCCAUUUAAUGAGAUUAUUAAAAUAAAUCCCAAAGGCUCCGGAGAACCAGCGAAGCGCUCAUCAAUACUCAAUAUUUUGCUGGCUAGGUUAGAAGAGAUAAAGGUGCAGAAUAAGUCCAAAGAGGUCGAUAAGCGUUCUCAUGAAGAUCGUCAGGAGGUCAAGAAAAACAAUAAUAUUAUGCCGGCUGACUAUUUCAAAAAUCAGUAUAAAAUGGUAAGCCUCCUGGACGAUAACAAUCCUUCAAACCCCAGUAGUGGCGCAGUUGCUUCAUCAAGCUCAUCUAUAGCGACGAAUAACCACUCUCCUCGCACUUUGGGGACGUCGGUAUCAUCAUAUGAGGAGUCGGAUGACUCGAUCAGGAUUUGGGUAAAAUAUAGAGAAGGAUUUUCGGAUGCCGUUAGGAAGAGCAUUACCUGGAAAACUCUUUGGGAAUAA